AUGGGAUACGGCCCUCACAGGUUCUUCUGGAAAGCCAUAUGGAAGCUCGACACCCUACCAAAGAUCCGGGUUUUUACGUGGAGGGUGGGGCAUGAAAUUCUCCCUACGAACUGCAAGAUAGCCACUAUCAGACAGGGGUUUGACAAAGGAUGUCCGAGAUGUGGAGCAGAAACUGAAACACUGUUACAUGCGUUGAAAGAUUGCCCGACUUCGAGAGCUGUUCUUUCGAUAAGGGGAUGGUCCAGGAUCUUUAUCUCCAAGAAUUACGAUCGGUGUAUAGAUUGGCUGGAAGACUUGAUGCGGGUCCUUGAUAAAAGAGCUAUGGACGAUUUGAUGACAACUCUAUGGAAUUGCUGGAACAACAGAAAUAACUAUAUACUCAGGGGAAAAAAAGAGGAGGCUAAGCAGAUAUGGGAAAGAGCCAGCAAUCUGAACAGAGAAUUUCGAAUAUGCAACAUGAUGAAUGAACCAUUACUUUCACAGAAUAUCGUGGUCAAAAGGUGGAAAAAACCUCCAAAGGAUGUCAUUAAAAUAAAUUUUGAUGCUACAGUCGGUGAAAACAGUACUGGGUAUGGGAUGGUUAUAAGAGAUGAAGACGGAUUUGUUUUAGGUGGCGGGGGAGGCUUCAAAGAAGGAAGGCGAUCGGUGGAACAGGCCGAAUGCAUGGCUUUUGAAGAAAGCAUUAAAUUGGCGUGUAGUUUAAAUAUAAAGGACCAUGUUUUGUUUGAGACAGAUCACGUGGGACUGGUCAACAGAUUGAAUAAUUCAGCCAAUGACAUCACCACGAUAGGCGCACGGAUCAAGGACUGUACUGCUGCUUUUAAUUUCUUUAAAUCAGCCAGCUUAAUUUGGACCGAACGGUCUUGUAAUACUGUAGCGCAUUUGGUUUGUAAAAAAAUGUACAGUGAGGCUAAAAAUUGUUUGUUUGGAAUGGAUUAUCCUUCGGAAAUCCACGAUGCUGUAAUUAGUGAUGUUUCUUAA